AUGCUUUUCCCGAUUUUUUAGUUUUCAGAUGUCGCCAAUGUGAUAUACUCUCAGCGCGCCAAAUAUACCGACUUCGAACUGGUCAAGGUCAUUGGUCAGGGUGGGUUCGGACGUGUGCAGCUCGUGCGGGAGAAGAACACCCGCCGCGUCUACGCCAUGAAGAUGAUGAGUAAGCAGCAUCUGCUAGAUCAUUCUCAGUCGGGUUACUGGGAAGAACGUGAUAUAAUGGUCAAGGCAGAUAGCGAAUGGCUGGUUGCUUGCCAUCAGGCCUUUGUAGUGAGUUUUCUCCUCAUGCUCCUACUUUGUGACCGCUUUUUAUUUUUUAGUGAGCGUUUACUCUGUCCUCGUGACACUUAA